AUGGCUGUUGACAAGCUGAUUUGCCUAUUUUUGUCUUUCCCACUUCAAACCCUUCUCACUCCCGCUGGGAUGAUGACGCUUAUUGCCGACAGUCCGGCGUCUACUCAGCGAUGGCGUCUGCCCGGACGUCUCCAACGAGGACGGACUAACUGCUCUGCAUCAGGUGAGUUUCUGCCUCCUCUCCCUCUAUCGGCCUGA